AUGCCGAUAUCAUUAAAACAGCAAGGUCUCUUGUCAAGCGCAGUACAGACCAUUGAUCUUCUCCAAUCCAUAUUUUUUAACAAGGAUGAAUUUCAUUUUGCAGAAGAAAAAGAGGAACGACUAUUUCAACAACUGAAAAGUUGGGACGAAACAGGCGACUGGCCGGACAACAAUACGGAUAUAUCGAGAGCAACCAAAUUACAGUUUUUCAUCAAAGCACCUGUUGACGUAGACAGCUGUGUAAAAGCAGCACCUUCUUUUAUUACUUUACACUGUACUUUAUCACUGGUAUCAUUAACAGACUAUCAAUUAACGUUGCCUUCGGCUGCGAAUGACUGGCUUUCGCGAGACGAUCAUCAGGCAAUGUCUGAAGAAUUAAGCAACUAUGUUGUUGACGAGCCGAUGGAAGAUCGAUCCACUUGGAUCGUAGAAAAAAUUCAGCAUGUGCAGCAAAUAGCGGAAACGUAUAUUGAGAAAUGGUCAAAUGACAGAAAAGAAAAAGAGAAACAAGCAGCAGCAACGAAUAAAUCGGGUCCAAUGCGGUUUCUCAGGGAGUGGAUUUGGUUCCCUAUGAUUUAUACAAAAAAUAAGAGAGGUGAUAUUAUUGACUGGGCACCGCAAUAUAAAAUUACGGGCUUUUUAUGUCCUGGUAAGCCAGGUGCUUUAUGUUUAGAGGGACCGGAUAAAAAAGUGAGUCAGUUUAUCAACGAUAUCAAAACGAUUUCAUGGGCCAACAUCCCACCGUCACAUAAGAAAAUGACUUCGAGAUGGAAGGAAACAGUAGAAGAUUGCCAAAAUGAAGAGGAAUUGGAUUCUCAUAGAAUUUUCCCUGAUAUGCAGGAGGUGAAGUUUGAUAUUCACGGGCAAUUUGCCAACCAUAACAAUUUAAGCAUGUUACAGACCUGGAUGAAAGAAAAAGGCUGCGGAGAAGCAUUUGAGCGAUUAUUUGAAUACGAUAGUUAG